AUGGUGAGUGUUCCUUCUUACAGCUAUCGUUUACAAUAUGGCCCUUCGCUGUUCGACGUCGCUAGCGAAGCGAUCCGGCUGCUGCGGGCGGCCGGCGAGACGGUCGGCGUGGGCGAGUCGCUGACGGCGGGCGGCGUGCAGGCGGCCAUCACCAACGUUCCGGGCGCGAGCGCGGCGUUCCGCGGCGGCGUGGUCACGUACGCCACCGAGCUCAAGGCCAAGCUGCUCAAGGUCGACGAGGCGCUGAUCCAGCGCGAGGGCGUCAUCCACGGCGACGUCGCGCUGCAGAUGGCCGAGGGCGCCCGCGCCAUCACCUCGUUCCCCGGCGCGGCGCCCACCACUUGGGGCAUUGGGACCACUGGCGUCGCUGGCCCCGCGCAGCAGGACGGCAAGCCUGUCGGCAUGGUAUUCAUUGGUGUCGCCUCAGUUCAUGGUGGUAGCCGCUCCUGGGGCCCGUUCCUCUUUCCCGGCGACCGCGACGCCAUUCGCCAGGCGACGAUCAAACAGGCCCUGUCGCUGUUGCGCGAUGCGCUGGCUGCUCGGGUUGCUGGCCAGACGGCUGCUGGCCAGACGGCUGCAGUGGAGGAGUAA